AAAGAAGAAGAAGCGCCAUCCAAUCAUGUGGCUUCUUCACCAACACAAACUUUACAGCCUUUACUUGUAUUUACUUAAAUCAUGUCUCUCGCUACCUGAAAGCAAAGCUGCUCACUUUUCAAACCGUUAAAUACAAUCAGUAAAGUAAGAUAGUUGACGUUAGUUGACAUUAAGUGAGGCGGCACAUUUUUUGGACAGGUUGGUGUAGCAUGAACAUGAACAAGCUAGUAACAGUCGUUUUUUAACGUUACUAACUAACGUUGGCGCUGAAGGUUCGUUUGUUUUUGCACAAGCAAAGCUAAUAAAUAAUAUGAGGACGGCAUUUCUGCUAAGUUUUUAACUUUUCCUCGGUAAACAAAUUGUGAACUCUUAAGUUACGUGGCUUUGGCAUUAAAACACGGAUGCAGUGACAACGAAGAUGGAGGUGGCUGCUAAAGGGAAGGCCAAGAGGAAGCACAUGAAUGCAGAAGAUUGUGAUGAGCUGGGACAAUGUGCAGAAGGCACGUACGCCCUCACCCAGCCCCAAACCAUCCACCAGGGGCAGGGCAAUCGCAACCCAAACCAGGGGCUUUACCCCAGGACUCCCACCAAGCGACAGAAGUGGGCAUCUGCCUCAGGAAGUCCCGCAAGGCAACGGAAGGGCGUCAAAGACUUCUUUUCAGUGACUGGUGUCAUUAGUUCCAGCCCGCACAAAUCUGCUCAGCCCUGCUCCUCCACCUGUACAAAUGGACAAAAGGUUGUGGAAGAGGAGGAGCAGGAUGAGGAUGACGACGUCAGCCUGCUAGCCGCCAUGAUAGUGCCAGACCCUGAGGAGGAGGAGGAGGAGGAGGAGGAGGAGGAGGAGGAGGAGGAUGACGAUGUCAGCCUGCUAGCUGCCAUGAUGGUGCCAGACCCUGAGGAGGAGGAAGAGGUUGACGAUUUCAGUCUCUUAGCUGCUGAGACAGUGCAAGAGCCUGAGGCAGAGGAGAAGGAGGUAGACUAUUUGGAGGGAAUAACAGCAGAGAUGUUCGGGGAUGAUGCGGAAUUUGAUAAAUGUGACGGUGGCAUUCACAAUGAGCAAGAUGAGGUGGAGGCCCUCCCUGACGCCCACUAUGGGCUCCUGGGCAGCAGCAGGGCCCUUCUGCGGCCGCAGGGCUGCGUGGAUGACCUUCCAGAGGAGGUGCUGAGGCAGGUACUGUGGCUCCUCCCUGCCCAGGACCUCUACCGUAACGUCAGCCUCGUCUGCCAUCGCUGGAGGAACAUCGUCCAGGACACCAAGUUCGUGCCCUUCAAGAAACAAUACUACCGCUACAUGAUGAGGGAGAAGGACACAGUGGGGGAGGUCUUCUCCAUCCUGAAAAGCAGCAGCAUAACAGACCCAGCAUCGUCACAGCACAGCAUACGACACCUUGUUAUUGUAAUGGCCCAGCAUAAGGUCGGUGAGCGUGUGAGACCUGACGACGUCCUGGAGUGUGUUAAGAAACAUCGCCUUUUCCCUCAGGCUGAAGCCUCCAUCAGAUUACGAAUUCCUAACGUUCCAAAGUGUAUAAACCUUGACAUUGAGGGUCCCAACCCGUACGCGGCCAUGGCCGUCAUACUCAUCCUAAGCGAGAGCGUCGGCGACGUGCGGGCCUUGGUGUCGCUGCUCUCCGGCUGCAUGUCGUACACCGCCAUCACAGAGUACCUCAGCCACAUGGCCAUGAUGUUGCUGGCGAUAAAGAGGAGCAACAUUCCGAUCAGUAACAGGUUGCAUUACAACAUCUACUAUGUGCUUCAUCUGAUGGAGAACGGGCCCUUCUCUAUCGGCUCUCAGAGCGGACGGCCUCAGAUUCAGCUCACACGUGAGCAGCAGCAGAUCCUCGGCCACGACAUCCAGCCGGACCAUGUGGUCAAGAUCAUGGCUUUUGCAGGUACAGGGAAGACGACCACGUUGGUGAAGUACGCCGAGCAGCGACCACACCUCCGCUUCCUGUAUGUGGCCUUCAACAAGUCAGUGGCCGUCGAGGCGGAGCGCCGCUUCCCUCGCAACGUGCACUGCAAGACUGUCCACUCCUUGGCCUUCAAGGACAUCGGGAGGAGGUACCAUUUUAUCAAGAAGCUGACCUCUAACCUGAAGCCAUUCGCCAUCAACUCUGUCCUACCUAAAGGCCGCGGCGGCUUUAGUAAAUCCAAAGUCGUGACCACAACUCUCAACACCUUCAUGGCUUCAGCGGACGAGACCAUCACCACUAGUCAUGUCCCGAGCAAUGGUGUCGAUCCUCUAGAAAAACAGCUGUUUGUCCGCGACGCGCAGCACAUCUGGAACAAAAUGAAAGAACUCGUCAAGACAAACACCGACGCCUACUUCAUGACCCACGACGGUUACCUUAAGUUGUGGCAGCUCCAAAAUCCCUCCCUGUCUCACCAAUACGACGUCCUUUUCAUCGAUGAGGCCCAGGACUGCACUCCAGCCAUCAUGGACGUGCUGCUGUCUCAGCGCUGUGGGAAAAUCCUGGUCGGAGAUCCUCACCAGCAGAUCUACACCUUCAAAGGAGCCGUCAACGCCUUGCACAUUGUCGACCACACGCACAUCUUCUACCUCACACAGAGCUUCCGGUUCGGUGCUGAGAUCGCCUAUGUCGGUGCCACCAUCCUCAAAGUGUGCAAGAAAGUCCAGAAGAUUCUAGUAGGAGGAAAGCAGAAAGGCGGCGUGUGCGGCGAGGCCGCAGACAAGGUCGCAGCGGCUUUGAGGAUGGGUGUGAGUCCUUGCCGGGGGAAGACGGCCAUCCUGUCCAGAUGUAAUUCCAGCGUGUUCACCCAAGCAGUGCAGCUGACCGAUGCCAACCCCCACUGCCGCCUCCACUACAUAGGAGGUGUCACAAGUAUCGGCCUAAACAGGAUCCUGGACAUCUGGCAGCUGAUGCAAGGAGCAGACCAACAACGAAGACCCAUCAAGGAUCCUCUCAUCCGCUCCUUUGCGAGAAAAAGUCGGAACGCCUUCUGGGCCCUGAAGAAGUACGCCGAGCAGACAGAGGAUCACGAGCUGGAGGGCAAACUCAACACCGUAGAAAAAUACGGAAGUCGCAUCCCCAAACUGGUGACAUGCCUGGACAAAUGCUUUGAAAGUGACAUGUACAAAGCAGACUUUAUACUCGGAACAGUCCACAAGGCUAAAGGUCUGGAGUUCGACACCGUGAUGGUCACCGAUGACUUUGCCAAGGUGCCGUCCGCCAGGCACGAGCUACACCACUAUCCCGCCUUCUCAUUUUCUAAAUUCCCAGACGAUGAGUGGAACCUGCUGUAUGUGGCGGUGACUCGUGCUAAGACCUCGCUGAUCAUCACUAAGAACAUCCGCCACAUCCUCACAGUGGCUGGGGAAUACUUCCUGAAGUCAGAGAUGCCCAGCUCCCUGGUGAAGGUGGGAGAGCCUCUCCCAUGCUCCAUUGGAAACUGUCCCAACUGCAUCACUCCCGGCUCAUCUUUCAUCAUGUGCAGAAAACGGAUGAAAUGUACCGAUGGUGUGUCUGAAGGCGGCCCGCUGUGCGAGAGGUGUGUGUGGACACGAAUCGGGCCAACUGCCUUCCUCAUGACAGACGACGUGCUCUCAAUGGCUGAAAUACCAGAAAGGCUUGGCUGGCCAGACCGGCGAGCCUGGCCAAACUUGCCGCGCUGCGUAAUUCCCCCGGUACCCCUCUGACACUGCUUAAAUCCAAGGUUCUAAAAUAAAUCCACCUCGGUUUUUCCCCGGAGAAGGAGUUGACUUGGACAUGAGCAUUAAGAAAAAAUGUUUGGUCAUCCAGAGACACUGAAAACGGACUGAAAACAAUUUUUGAAAAGAUGUUUUUAGUUUUCUUUGUAACAGAUGAGUGCUCAGUGAUUACCGACUGUGUUUUGUAUUUUAAUUUAUUUGUAAUUUUCCCUGUAUGCACCUUGUUGUAAUAUUGAAGUGAGAUGCCCUUAAGAAAAGCAAUUAACAGCCAUCUGCUCCUAGCGGCCAUCAGCAGAGGACUGAGGCUUAACUGGAGAGCUCAGUGUGAAGCAGUAUUUUUGCCUCAUACAAGAGGCCUGGCUGUAAAAGGCUCAAACACUAAUAAAUUUUAAAAAAAAAGGAAAAAAAAGCAGAUUUGUUUACUUUAA